ACAUUCGUAGCGUUUACUUACUUAUGAACAAAGUACCAAUUCAGUUAUUCGCGGUGAUCAUGUGUAAGAUACAUAAAUAGUACCUAAUGAAAGAAAAUGAAUAAUACCAAGGGUGUUUUUUGUAGCUGCGCUGUGCUGAUUUUAACAACUUUUACAUCAUAUUUCACAAUUUCAUACUCUUCACCUGCUCCAUUGGUUGGAUCCGAAGACCUGAUAUUAAAUACAGUCGAGCCUGGCUACCUGCAACUCAUUGGUUCUUGUGCCAAACCGCCUUCAACACCAGCCAGAUCUAUCACAUACAAAUGCAAUGGAGAGUAUUCGGAAUAUUGUACGGCUGGCAGAACUGUUCCUGAAUAUACUGUAGUCAACAUUUCGUGUAACCCUGGAUAUUUCUCAUUGAAUGGUGAUAGCAAUGAAACCGUAUCAGUUUGCAUCGAUAAAAAAUGGAUUCCUGCGCAUACUAGAUGUCACAAAAUGUGUGACAGAUUAUACUCCAAUUAUAUGAAUGUCCAUCUCGAGUGCUUCCAAGGAAAUAAAUCCAUUCCAUGUGGAGAGUAUUCCUUGACACCUGGCGCAAGAGUUCGCUCUUCUUGCAAAUUGGCACAUAGAUAUGAAAAUUACAAGAGCACUUAUCAAGAAAUCAACUGUGGAGAAGAUGGGAAAUGGGAUGCUGCUCUGAUUCCUUGCAUUCCAGUAGGUUGCGAGAAAACCCCAGGAAGCCAUUUUGAAGCACCAUGGCACGUUAUGUUCUUGCAUAAUGACCCUGAAACAGUUCAUACAUGUUCUGGCACCAUCAUAAGUCCUCGGCUGAUUCUAACAACGGAAUUCUGCGUACACCUUCAAAUGAAAAAGGAAUUCAAAGAAGAUGCUAAUGCAACGCAAUAUUCACUUAUAGUGACCAGAUUCCCCAAGUACCAACGAUUGUAUGAGAUAGCGGAAUUUCGAUAUUUCAACCAAGCCAAAUACACGUAUAAUAUUGGCCGAAUUCAAACGCCAAUGAUCGUAGUUCUGAAAGAAGAAUUAGAAUUCAAUUCAUUUGUUUCACCAGCUAAUAUUCAAUGGGAAAAUCCUAGUAGGCUGGAUAUGUGGAAUGGAACAGUGCAGAUAUUAUACGCAGUAUUCUUCAAGUUUGUUCAAUUGGUGAGAUUCUCAAAUCAACAGAAAAUGAAAACAAUUGGAUCUCAGAUCCGAGUAUCAACAAUGAUGGAUCAUUCAUUGAAAAAAGGGUCCAGUAAUGAUCUCGCCGAUACAUUUCUUGGAAGGCCAAUCUCCUACAGCAUCAAUUUCUUAAGCCACAUUGCGUGUAAAGAAAGAUGGACGUAUCCAUAUUUUGCCCUUUUUUGGGCAAACGUUUUAGGAGGUGAAACUACACUAGUCGACAACUCUUUUUUAUUGGAUGCAAAUCUAAUGUGUCUGGAGUAUGAAAAUGAUAUAACGUAUGGUAUUGGAAGUGGUGUUAUAGUUGAAGAAAAUAACUGCUAUUUUAUGCGAGGAAUCAUGGGCGUUGCAUUGGAUCUACCGAAAAUUAUUAAAAAAAUCGAUAAAAGUCCAUGGAAUAACCCGCCGUUAAAACAAUCUCUGGAUUGCGAUAAAGAAAUCCCCCCAGAAUUAUCCAAGUUUGGGCAAAAUGUGAAAUUUUGGUGCGACGUGACUAGUCGUUUGAAAAAAUUACAAAAAACAACUGGAAAUAGAUCCGAGAUACCGCGGAAUUUUGCUUCAUCGAUUGAUAUAGCUGACUAUAUCGACUGGAUUAAGAAGGUACGCGAUGAAACUGAGAACCAAUAAUUCAGUAGGUAUGUAUUGUUAAUUAGGAGGCUUCCAACUCAGAAUGUGCCAUUUUAGUAUUCGAUAAGAUUCUAUUAAUUAUUAUCCACUAGAUGCAACUUAAAUGAAUUAAAUAAUCCACUUUGUUUUAUAAUAAAGAGCAUUGAAAGCAAAA